AAUAAACAUCAGUACGAUACUAUCCUGCUAUGCAAGUAUCGUAGAAUUAGGCCUCGAUUUAACCUAGAAUCUAUCUACUUAUUACUUAACUAUAGUUACUAUAGGCCCCAAGACUAAUUUAAUUAUUAUUAUAUAAAAUGAGAACAUCACUAUUUAGAUCUAUGUUGUUAGUAAAUUAUUCUGUUGGGAUCAGCUCAAAGCGUUCGAUAAGAUCUAGAUCUAGUAUUACUUCUAGCAUUAUAUCUAGAUUUAUUACAAUAAAAUGCAUUAACAAUCCUCCAUCAUGGGCUUCGAGCAAAGCAGGCACACUAGGCCAAUUUGAUGGCAAAAAAAUGACAUACGCAUUUUUAAAUCUUACCAAUUUUCACAAUGAGUCCACUAAUCGAGCACGACCAGUUCUUACAUUGUAUACAAAGGAUCCCUGUCCCCUUUGUGAUGAAGCAUUAGAAGCAUUAGGACCAGCAUUACUCAAUCAGGUUGUGUUACAAAAAGUAGACAUUACAGCACCAGGCAAUGAACAGUUUUGGAAAGCCUAUCGAUAUGACAUUCCAGUGUUCCAUCUUGAUGGUAAAUUUCUUAUGAAACAUAAGGCCAAUAUUGAUGUCUUCAAUGAAGGUUUAAAGAAAUAUUAUUCACAAAAAGAUAUUUAAAAUAAAAAGAAUUAUAUUUCAGUAUCAUAUGUAAAAAAAAUUGUAACUCUUUUUACAAGCUUUUAUAUUGUUUGCAAGGUUUGUUUGUGGGUUUGUGGCAAAUCUUGUAACUCAAUUUUGACAAACUUCUAAUACAGCAAAUUUAUUCAAACUUUCCAAAUUUGUUCCAUAUCAAUGAUAAUACAAGUCUAUCAAUUUUUAAUUUAAUUAGAUGUUUAAUUAGUCAUUAGAGAUUAAUUAAACAGUUCCGGAACUAA